AUGGAUUCGUUAGGUGGCAUCGACAAAAGUGGAUCGGCAGCAGGAAAAUCCUUCAGUCGUAUCGGCAUGCAUACUCAGCAUAUACUCGAUCGUGUCACACCAUUCGUGGCCAUUAGGUGGAUAACCAAUUUAGUUUUAUUAGCUAUCUUUUCCGUGCGUAUUCUUUAUGUGCAAGGCUUUUAUAUCAUUGCUUAUGGGCUUGGAAUAUUUCUACUUAAUCAAUUUAUUCUCUUUCUAACACCAAAACAAGAUCCGUCACUACGCGACAUGGAUGAAGACGACGGUGAUCAUGUACCACGUUUACCAACACGGUCUACAGAUGAGUAUCGACCAUUUAUGCGUCGUUUACCAGAAUUUAAAUUUUGGUACACAACAUUCAAAGCGAUUGUCAUUAGUUUAGCAUUGACCUGCUUCUCAAUCUUUGAUAUUCCUGUCUUUUGGCCAGUGCUUGUUAUUUAUUUUUUUACUUUAUUUUUCCUAACCAUGCGUCAACGUUUAGCACAUAUGAUUCAGUACCGUUAUGUGCCCUUCUCAUAUGGCAAAACGAGGUAUGCCGGUAAAAAUGAAGGACCACCAGGUGGAGCGCCAGGCAUUAAAAUCUCCUCGUACUGA